CAAAGAGAUAACAAAGACUUGGUUGGGGUUUGAGCAUCAGGGCCUUAGUGACUUUCCCUGCUACCCCUGUGAACCAGCAGGGAGAUGAGAUUCCCAUGGCAAGGAAGGCUCCUACAGGCAGACUCAUUCCUCAGGGUGCCUUUGUUUUCCUCUGGACUGAAACCCAAAUGCUCCUCCCACCCUUCUGAUCUUGGAAGCCAAGCCCCUUUGUAAUCUACAUAAGCUCCACUCCCCAGGGAUCCAGUGACUGCAGAAACUGGCCUUCCACUUGCUCUUGCCUGGAAUCCAAGCUAGAGUCCCAGGCUCCUCCAGGGGACUGAGGCCACCAUGACUCAGGAGAAGCCCCUCAUCCUGUUCCCACUGCUAGUGCUGGUGCUGUUAGUGCUGGGGUGGGUCCAGCCUUCCCUGGGCAAGGAAUCACGAGCCAAGAAGUUCCAGCGGCAACACAUGGACCCAGACGGCUACCCCAGCAACAACUCCACCUAUUGCAACCAAAUGAUGAGGCGCCGGCAUAUGACAGAGGGACGAUGCAAGCCAGUGAAUACCUUCAUUCACGAGCCUUUGGUAGAUGUCCAGGCCAUUUGCCUCCAGGGAAACAUCACCUGCAAGAAUGGGCAGCCCAACUGCCACAAGAGCAGCUCCAGCAUGAAGAUCACGGACUGUCGUGUGACGAGUGGCUCCAAGUACCCCAACUGUGCCUACCGCACCAGCCAGAAAGAGAGGCACAUCAUCGUGGCCUGUGAGGGAAACCCGUACGUGCCUGUCCACUUUGAUGCUUCAGUAGAGGUCUCUAUCUGAGACCAGAGCAGUGAGAUGCCCCACCUCAUUGUGUCACCUGUCUCUCCCUACUCCUUGCUAGCACUGAGGGAAAUGACUCAAGUUAGAGCUCCUAUCCAACACUAAAUUGUUUCCCUUGCCUGAGACUUAUGCCUGCAUGGUUUGGGGGGUGAGGGUUGGUUGUGAGUUGGGUCCCAUGUGAACUACUUUACUGCUUCUUUCAAUAAAACUCAGUUGCAACUA